GUCGUCAUUGUUACAACUUUACCGCGAUUCUCGUGAGUACAACGCCGAGAGUAUAGAAAUACAGAAAUAAACAGAAGUAUCAAAGUCUUGAAGUGUAAGCCUAUUUUCAAAAUGUCCUCGCCAAAUAAAAAGGUAAAAAAAGUCGAGGAUCCCGGGGACGGUACGGAGUAUGAUCUUGAAAUACAAAAGGCUCUCGAAGAGAUCGACGGCUGUCAGAAUCAAAUUGAUGGACUCAACGAGAAAGCAAGCGACGAGAUCCUCGAAGUUGAGAAGAAAUAUAAUAAACUGCGCAAGCCUUACUUCCAAAAGCGUAACGACAUCAUCAAGAGGAUACCCAAUUUCUGGGUGACUGCUUUUGUUAAUAAUAAAAAAAUAGCCGAUAUUCUCGAGGAGGAGGAGGAAGAUGCUCUUCGAUUCUUGAAUAAAUUGGAGGUUGAAGAAUUCGAAGAUAUUAAAUCUGGUUAUAGAAUUAAUUUUCAUUUUGGUAAAAAUCCAUUUUUUGAAAAUGAUGUUCUAACAAAGGAAUUUCACCUGGGUUCAUCGGGAGAUCCAGCAUCGCACAGCACGACAAUUCGUUGGAAGGAAGGUACAGAUUUAGUAGAAAGAGCAAAAGCUAAUGCCGCUAUAAAAGGUAGAAAAAGGCCACUAAUUCAUAGAACAUUUUUCACUUGGUUCGCGGAUCAUGGUGAUCCAAGUUCUGAUGAAAUUGCUGAACUUAUUAAAGACGACUUGUGGCCUAAUCCUUUACAGUAUUAUUUGGCUCCCGACAUAGAGGGUGAAAAUGGAAUUGAAGGUGAUGGCGAAGAAGGCGAAUCUGAAGAAGAAGAAGAGGAAGAAGAUGGAGUAGGAGAGGAAGGCGAAGAGGGUGUCGAGGUUGAGGAAGGUGAAGAUAGUGUAGAAAUAAUGGAAGAUGGACCCGAGGAAGAAGAAGAGGAAGAGGAAGAGGAGGAAGCCGUGAUUGAAAAUGAAGAUGGAGAAGAGCCAGAAUAGACACUAAGGUAACUCGUAAAGUUAAAAAAAAGAAAAAAAAAUUCGAAUGAACAAUAUGAGACGGUAACAUUCUUGAAAUCGAAUGUUAGAAUAAGAAAAUUGUCGCGCGCAAUUACGAACACCUGCCUGGAGUCUUUUAUAUAUAUAUAAUAAUUAUAUUAAAACUAGAAUUAGGUUUCAUUAAGUUCAGACAUCAAGCAGGAGCUCCAUCGACAAAUUGCUGUGCACAAAAAUUAAUUUUAUAAUUAUAAAAAAAAAAAAAAAAAACCUUCCCUGAACGAGGUACAAUCGGCAAUUUCUAUAGAGACGAUAAAAAAAAAGAAAAAAAUACUUUCGACUUCAUUGCGCUGUGCGCAAAAAUACAAAAUAAGAACGAAAUUUUCAUUUUGUUUCUUUUUUUUUUUUUGUUCUAUUAAGAAAAGAUAAAAAUAAAAGACAAUCCGUAAGAUUUUAAAUCACAUAUGUAAAAAUAAACAACACGUUACAAUAAACAGACUUGUGAUGUAUUUGUAAAAUUUUUUGAAUUUAAAUAUUAGUCUAUAUUGUAAUGUGUCAAUGUCAAUGUUUAAUUCAUACGGAUUUCUUACGGGAUAAAGAGAAUAAGAUAUUUUAAAAUCAAACUGACGGAAUAAUUUUUAUUUAUUGAGUAGAAUUUUUUUUUUUUUUAAAUAUAUUAAUUGUAGAUAAUUACGUACAGUUAGUGAUUUGCUUUUCCCGUAAUCUAUAAUAUGUACAAACUUUUUUUUUUCGUGAUUUAGAAACGCGAAUGUGAUACUUUUUACUUAUGAAUCUCGGUGCGUUUUCUUAUUAUUUUCGUAUAAUGUUUUUAAAUAUUUUUUUUCAGAAUUUGUAAAUAGAUUUAUAUAACGUCUCGCAGUAGUUUAAUAAAGUAUUUCAAUUAUAAAAUAAAAGUUCUAAAAAAAAAAAAAAAAUUUUUAAUAAUUCAAUGCACAUAAAAUUGCCAUGUACCUCGUUCAUUUGCAUCUUCCUACACUUGACAUAAUAAGAAACUCAUCACUCGCGUAAAAAUCAAUUAUUUGAAAACUGUUUUGCAUCGACGAAUUUAAAAUAUAUAUUAUAUAUUAGUUUUAUUUUCAAUUAAAAAUAUUUUCGAUUACUUCUUUCAUAAAAAUGAAAACAGUGAUUAUUAAAAAGAAAAGAAUUUAGAAAUAUUGAUCAGGGAUUAUAAAACAAAAUAAAGCAUCACAGUUUUUAACUUGUCAAAUAUUUGUGGCAAACAAGACAAAUCGUAAAAAUAAAAAUUGUCAAUUUCAAAUAAAUAAGAGACUUUUAAUUUAUUAGUAA